CAAAAUUGAAGGGGGAGACACGUAGGAGGAGACUCAUUAUCUAUGGCAGAAACGCACGAAGAAUGGGCAUUGGGGUCAACUCGCCACCUCCCAUUGAAUGGGUAAAUAAUGCGACGAGGAGGAGGAGGAGGAGGAGAAGGAUUUUGAGAAGGCGGACGCGGACGCUGUCAUAUGACGGGAUGUUGAAUUUCGAAUGAAUUUGGAGGAGAAAGUGAAAUAAAGUUGCGGGGCUUCCACGGCAAGGGUCGAAGAGGAGGAGGAGCGUUUGAGAUCAAAGACCAAAGAUUAAAGAUCAAACUCAGUGGGGUUGGAGGAGGGCGAAUCGCGAUGGAUCACAUCCGGAGAAGGAUAUCAAAGCCUACAAAGGAGAAAUCGAAGCUCACAGCCACCCGCAUGUGGCGAGAUCGUCCUUUACAAAUUUGCUUGUCUGAAUUGAUCCCGAAUAUUUGUAAUAUCAGCCGAUGGUUGUCUUAAAUAUGAGAUUUGGUGUCAGCAAUACGCGAAUUCGUUGUCUUAAUGAAAAUAGAGGAGAAGAACAAGACUAGGGCAGAGAGUGAAGAAUUAGCCUCGCGGUUUAGAUUUUGGAGCAUUGUGAUUACAGGGCAAUGCAUUGUUGAUUGUUGAUAGAUUAGUUACUGUUCGGCUUUCUUUCAGUCUUGAAGAGUCACUGGCAUUGGCUGAAAAAGGGCAAACGUGGGUUAUAAUACAGAGGUAAAGGUGUUUGGUAUGUGAGGAGCUUCAGUGAUUCUUUUGCACUUUGAAGAGAAUGGGAGGAAUUUGUUCUCGCAGGUCCACUGUUGACAGCUCCCCCGAUAGUAAUAGCAACUCAGGUGAUAUGAUUACGCACGCCCAUGCCUUUUUGCCUGAAUUAUCAGGUGUGGGCAUGGGCGUGGGGUUUCAAUCAAAACUUCCAAGUUUUAAUACAUCUACACUGCUAACGGAGAAAGAGCGGCAAGAGCAGAACUCAUUGCCCAAAGGAGAGUUAUUUAUUCACGACAACAGGGAGCGCUUGAAUGUCCAAGGUGAAGCAGAGAGUUUGCCAAGUACUCAAGGUGAAGCAGAGAGUUUGAUAAGGGUUCCUUCAAAUAAGUUUAAUACUGCAAAGCCAAAGUCUACAACAGUGGCAAAAAUAGGAGCAUCCAAGGUUUCAGAAGUAGGAUCACUUUUAGGGAAAGCUGGCACUGUUGGUUUUGGAAAGGCAGUAGAAGUUCUGGAUACACUUGGCAGCAGUAUGACAAAUUUAAAUCUGAGUAGUGGAUUUGCAUCAGGGGCUACAUCUAAAGGCAACAAGAUAGGUAUACUGGCAUUUGAAGUUGCAAACACUAUUGUUAAGGGUGCAAAUUUGAAGCAAUCACUUUCUGAGGAAAAUAUCAAGCUUUUGAAGGAACAAGUUCUUCAUUCAGAAGGCGUCCUGCAUCUUGUAUCCAAUGACAUGGAUGAGCUAUUGAAGAUUGCAGCUGCAGACAAAAGGAAUGAGCUGAGAGUUUUUGCAGGGGAGGUGGUACGAUUUGGAAACCACUGCAAAGAUCCUCAAUGGCAUCAUCUGGACCGCUACUUUGAGAAGUUGGGUAUAGAACUUGCUUUGCAAAAACAACCAAAGGAAGAGGUGGAGGCAGUGAUGCAACAAUUGAUGACAUUGGCACAGCAUACAGCUGAAUUGUACCAUGAAUUACAUGCCUUGGAUAGAUUUGAACAGGACUAUCGACGCAAGCUACAUGAGGAUGAAUCAUUAAAUUCAUCUCAGAGAGGGGACAGUAUCACAAUUUUGCGGAGUGAGUUAAAGAGCCAAAGAAAGCAUGUGAGGAAUUUGAAGAAGAAAUCGCUUUGGUCGAAAAAUUUAGAUGAGGUGAUGGAGAAACUUGUGGAUAUUGUAUAUUUUUUACAUCAAGAGAUCCAGGAAAAUUUUAAGGAGGCUGACCUUGAAAGUGAGAAAUUUGUGAACAAAAAGAAUCCACGGGGAAGCGCUCAGAGACUAGGUCCUGUUGGCCUUGCAUUACACUAUGCAAAUAUUGUCAAUCAGAUCGACAGUCUUGUCUCACGUCCAAGUUCAGUCCCUCCUAACACUAGAGAUACACUGUAUCGAGGAUUGCCACCAAGUAUCAGAUCAGCAUUACGAUCUAAGCUCUUAUCAGAGCCAUUUAAAGAGGAGCUUACAGUUCCACAGAUUAAAGCAGAGAUGGAGAAAAUCUUGACGUGGCUUGUUCCAGUUGCUACAAACACUACCAAAGCACACCAUGGUUUUGGAUGGGUAGGAGAGUGGGCAAAUACAGGAUCUGCAUUAGAUCGAAGGUUACCCGGGCAUAGUGAUUUUACACUCAUUCAAACUUUUCAUUAUGCAGAGAAAGAGAAGACAGAAAAUUACAUUUUUGAAUUGAUUGUGUGGCUUCAUCAUCUUGUGAACCAAGCUAGAAACAGUAUUAAUGGAAACAAGUCUCCAAUUAAAUCACCUGUUCGUUCUACAGUAACAAGUUCAAAUAACUCUGUGCUUAUUCCAGAUAAACCAACUUCAAUAGAAAAUGAACAUCUUCCAGCUUUUUGUGAGCUUUCUCAAGAGGAUAAGGACAUGUUAAAAGAUGUGAACUUCAGAAAAUUGACCCCUGGAAUAAGCAAAAGUCAAGAAUUUGAUUCAGCUAAGGUAAGAGCUGCCCAUCAGGCUGCUUGUAGACUGAGCAAAAGCAAUAGCCAUUCUCCAACUACUAACACAAAGAAUGAGUUUAAUGGACUGAGGCAACAUACAACACUACCAACAAUAGAAUUUGACAUUGAUAGGAUACAAGCCUUAGAUGUGAUUGAUAGGGUUGAAAAUCUUACUGUAUUGUAAUCAUUAUAUGAGCUCUUCAUUUCAUCUAAUGUGGUUUCUACUGCCUAAGUAGAUUUUAUUCACGUUUAGUUAAAUUUGUAUUUUUAGUCUGUACUUGCAUUAUGCUUAGCUUUUCAUUUUUGAAAUGCUACAUGGCAGUAAAAUGUAACAGUUCGAUUUCAAAGGAUCUGUAUAUAUACAUGCAUUGGCCAAAAAAUGGCUAUAUGUGCCAAGUUUUGUAGUCUUUAA